AUGGCUGCAGAAUUCUUCGAAAGGGCUGCAUUCUCAGACAAAGCCUCUGUGCCAUCGAAAGUGCUCAAGCUCAAGCCAACGCCAAUUUGUUUGUUGCCAAAUUUUUCGGUUGUGUCGGCCUUAUGUCCUUCCUCUCCUCCGUCCCUGAGCACCGGUUUAUUUCAGUCUUUACUGUUCGAAGCCUCUGGCCGGACGGUGAAUCCAGUGAACAGAGCAGUCGGACUGUUGUGGACAGGAAACCGGCACAUUUGUGAAUCAGCUGUAGAGACGGUGCUCCGAGACGGAAGCAUAAAUCCCAUGCCUGAUCUAUUUUUAUUUGGAUCUACUCAAGUGAGAUAUCUGAUACAGGUACCAACGAUUAUACUUUAA